AUGGGAGGACCAUAUGCUCCUAAAGACGCUUUACUGGGCGGCAGGCCCACGGUCUCCUUCGACGUCCCAAUAUGCGCCGUCUUUCUUGCUCUAUUCAUUGCCGGUGCUGCCUCCCACAUGACUCUAUUCCGCUGCUACCUCGCGCGAGGUCACAAGUUUAUCCCAUCCGCCAUAACAUUCGGCUGCAUGUCGCGCAUCAUCGCAAAUAUCAUCCGCAUUUCAUGGGCAUGUCGGGUCACAAAUAUCCGUAUUGCUAUUGCGGCCCAGAUCUUCGUUGCUGCCGGUGUACUGUUGAUGUUCAUCUUGAACCUGAUCUUCGCACAACGCAUGGUGCGAGCAGUCUAUCCCAAGGUGGGAUGCCUGGUAGUGGUGAAUAUCAUCGCGGUCAUCACCACUGUUGUCCAGAGCAUGUACACUCUGAACAAAAAUACUCAGCGCAUCGAUCGCGAUAUCCAACUCUACUGUCUAACAUAUUUCGCCAUCAUCUCAUUCCUACCUCUACCUCUUGUUCUGCUUGUUGUCCUGUCUCCAAACAGGAAGCGUAUUGAGCAAUUUGGCUCGGGCAGCUGGAUCGCCAAGGUGCUCCUCGUCAUUCUUGUUGGGUCAUUGCUCUGCCUUGGCGCCUCAUUCCGUGCCGGUACCAAACCUUGCUUCUAUAUCUUUGACUUUGGUAUUGAUAUCUUGGUCGUGGCGAUCUUCCUCUUUGGCCGUAUUGACCAACUGUUUUGGGUCCCGAAUGGAAGCUCAAAGGUCUGCCACUACAGAGGACUCGAAGAUAAUGAGAAGGCCUCGCAAAGUGCACAAAAUCGACAGGGGGAAGGGGGCCACGAUCUCGAGAGCCGGAGUAGCAGUCUGUCUCGGGAUUUGGUCGAAGAAGCAAAUUAA